CAGGCGGUCAGGCGCUCCUCCUGACCGUCAUCAAGUACAAACAAAACACUAACAGGAGAAAAAAUCAAUAAGUGACUAGCAGGGUGACUUGACUACUCGAAUGGAAGCGGUUAACUAACAAAAUAUCAACAUCAUGCUAGGCUAUUUUAUUGUACUUAUUCAACCGCUACUACUCUGUAUCACAAUUCUAGUCCUCUCAAUUGUCAUCUUCCUUCCAAUACUGGUAUAUUUUCUUCCACGCUACACACAGUUCAUCUUCUUUCUCAAUUUCCGACGUCUGCCGAACACCGAUUACAAUGAUUUGGCGUCGAACAACGUUAAAUCAAUCGGAAGAUCUCUUCAUUUGCCUGGAAAAAGUGGAAGGAUUGGUGUUUGGCACAUUCUGCCCAACAAAUUGAGUUUAGAAUGGAGAACAGAAGGAAAACAUCCGACAGAGAGAGAUUUUGACGAUAUGAUGAGGGAUUCAGAGAAUCAAAUUAUCUUCUACGCUCAUGGAAACUCGUUCGAUCGCACAUUCUACCAUCGUGUGGAAAUGUACAAUUUGCUCAGUGAUUGUAAUUAUCAUGUCGUCUGUUUCGAUUAUCGAGGAUAUGGAGAUUCAGAAGGAACACCAACCGAAAAAGGAAUUGUUGAAGAUACAAAAACAGUAUACGAAUGGCUGAAGGAGAAUUGCGGGAAGACGCCUGUUAUUGUAUGGGGUCAUUCGAUGGGAACUGGUGUCUCCUGCAAGUUGGUGCAAGAUCUUUCAAGAGAACAGCAACCACCGUGCGGUUUAAUCCUCGAAUCGCCAUUCAACAAUUUGAAGGAUGCCGUAACAAAUCAUCCGAUCUUCACAGUGUUUAGCUGGAUGAAUGACUUCAUGGUAGAUCACAUCAUCAUUCGACCGCUCAACAGUGUCGGCCUCACUAUGCGUUCUGACAAACGCAUCAGAUUAGUAUCGUGUCCAAUAAUCAUCCUCCACGCCGAGGACGACAAAAUUCUUCCUGUGAAGCUGGGAAGAGCGUUGUACGAAGCGGCAAAAGAUGCCGAGAGGGAUAUCAAAAUUCGAGAGUUUUCAUCAGAUUAUGGUCUUGGUCAUAAAUUCAUUUGUCGAUAUCCUGAGCUUCCCGAAAUUAUCGAAGAAUUCGUCGGGAGUGUCACUCCGCCAUCCACGUUAAUCGCAUCAUCAUAAACAUGUCACUGCAUUUUUUUGAGUUUAUAAAAAUUUAGAUUAUUUCC